CAGGAAAUGCUUGGAGUGAGAAAAGAGCGCCUGUAUUCAGUUUGAAAAGGAGGUUCACAGCGCUGACAGGUAACAACAGGCUCUGCAGAAGGCACCCCCCUCUGGUCAGUCAUGAGUUUUGCUCCGAGUCCGUACCUCCCUGCCAGCACACGCAGUGUUCAGGAGCAGCGGGAGCGCUGGGAGAAGAAGAGGAAGCGCGUAGGCCGUGAACUGGUCCAGAGUGAACAGCAGUACUGCGAGCAGCUGGACCUGAUCACUACCUACUUUGUGGAGAUUCUGAAGGCCAAAGGAACCCUGAGGCAGGACAUUAGAGAGAGCAUCUUCAGUUCAAUUAAAUCCAUUCAUUUAGUAAACCAGACACUAUUGACUCAUUUGGAAGUGGGGAACUUUGGUCUUGGUUUUGAAGAGUUUUGCCCUCACCUCCAUUUCUACUCUACCUACGUUGACAACGUUCAAACUGCAAAGAAGGUCCUGAUGGUGCAGCUGAAGAAAAACAAAAAGUUCAGAAGGUUUAAGAAGAUUCAGGAGUCCAGGCCCGAGUUCCAUAACUUAAAACUGGAGGAGCUGCUUCCUCUUCCUCUACAGCGCAUUCAGCAGUACAAGCAUUUCUUGAGGGACUUGACAGAGAACACCAGUCCAGACAACCCAGAGUUCCAACAGCUUUCAAGGGCGGCGAGGGCCGUCUCUGAGGUCGCCCAGCGGAUCCAGGACAACGCCCGCAGCCAUGAGAACCACCUGCAGCUGCGCAGGGUCCAGAAACUGCUCAAGGGCCGAAAGACCAGGCUGCUGGCUCCAGACCGCUGGUAUAUUCGUGAAGGCUGGUUGAAAACGGUGCCCCCUAAAGGCAGAGAGACCAAACCCAAGAUGUUCUUCCUCUUCUCGGAUAUCCUGAUCCAGGCUAAGCCGUGCAGCUCCAUGCACCCGACCAGUGCCGACAAGUUCGCCUGUCAGAGAGUCUACCCUCUUAAGGAGUGCACUGCGGACAAAGUGUUCGGCCACACUAAGAGCCAGGGAGGCCUCAUCAGUUUGACCUUCGCCAGAGCCAAGCUCCUCCUCAUGUCCAGUGAUCAGGAGGACAUUAAUGAUUGGUACCGGAGUCUCUGCCUGGCCAUCGGGCAGCUGAAGUCAAAGAACACAGUGGUGCACCGGAGAGAGGAGCUCCUCAGGCAGCCGCUCCGCUCGGCCACAGACAGCCAGCAGAGCCCAGCAGCCUCCCCACGAGCCAACAGACGCAAGAGGGCUCUGGUGAGAGAGGAGGAUCCACAGAGUACAGAGAGACCCUGUAGCAGCUCCAGCAGCAGCUCCAGACCACCGGCUGCAGACAGUGCAGUCAGUGCCUCUAAAAAGAUGAAGCUCUCUGAGGCUCCUCCAUCAAGAUCCCAGGAGUCCUCAGGCUCGAGCUGUGUCAUUCUGUGAGGGGAUUCAGAUGCUGCUUCAUCAUUUACCACAGGAGGUUCAGGACUGAGACUGGGAGAGCUAAUGAUACAACUAAAGCAAGACAAAGAAGACUGAUAUAUAAUCCACAUGUAUAACAGCAGAGAGGGCUUGAAUAUAUGAUACCUGAAAGGCUGCAAUCAGUAACUCGUGCUCUGGAACAUUUUAAGAGAGAGUUUCUCUGAAGUGUUUUAGUUCAGAGUUUCAGAAUACCAAAGAACAAAGCUAGGGAUUUAUUAACUAUAGUUACAAUGUACAAUUCUGCUUUUUAUAUACAUUUUAUAUUUUAUUUUAUUUUAUUUCUCAUUGUAUAUAUAUCAUGCAUAAGCCUUAUUUAUAUAGAUCACAUUUACCUGGACAGAGGGAGUAAUGUAAUUUUAUUACAGGAUGUCAGAAAAAAAAACAAAAAACAUAUGACUGAUUUACACAAGUCAAAAAUAUCUCUACAUAAAUGACUACUCAAUUUACACACUGCACUCAACUCCAAAAACAUAUGAUGACACCUAAUAUAAUAACCUACCUAUAGUAAUAAAGUCUUACCUUCUGAAAAAAUUAGCAGCUGCAGCGCUAGAAAAAAAUUAAGAGACCACUUUAGUUUCUGAAUGAGUUUCUCUGAUUUUGCUAUUUAUAGGUACAUGUUUGAGUAAAAUGAACAUUGUUGUUUUAUUCUAUAAACUACAGACAACAUUUCUCCCAAAUUCCAAAUAAAAAUAUUGUCAUUUAGAGCAUUUAUGUGCAGAAAAUGAGAAAUGGCUGAAAUAACAAAAAAGAUGCAAAGCUUUCAGACCUCAAAUAAUGCAAAUAAAACAAGUUCAUAUUCAUAAAGGUUUAAGAGUUCAGAAAUCAAUAUUUGGUGGAAUAACCCUGGUUUUUAAUCACAGUUUUCAUGCAUCUUGGCAUGUUUUCCUCCGCCAGUCUUACACACUGCUUUUGAAUUAUCAUGCCAAAUCCUGGUGCAAAAAUUCAAGCAGUUUAGCUUGGUUUGGUGGCUGUGGCCUUUAAAAAAGUUUUAAAGAUUAACAUAAUUUAAGGUCAUUUUUACAACUUGUUUUACAGAAGUUAAAAGUGUGUGGUCCCUGAAAAAUGACCUCUCUCAUUCGGACGGGACUAAAAUCAUUGAGGAUGUCCGGUAAUUAUAAUUAUAAUUCACCCCAGCUUUCCAGGAAAAACUAAUUCUGUCUAAAUGAGGCUUAAAAUAUGUUCAACUCAUUUAGGUGCCAAACUCAUUACACCAUAUUACAUAUUCCAAAAAUACAUAUUCAAAUACUAAUACAACUUUAACUAGUGGCAAAUCUUGAAUAUUCAAUUUGCUGAUCAUUGUGUUAUGAUUACUAACAGCAUACACUCCAUUUCUGGAUUAUGUUUUACAGUAUAUCUUGUAUUUAAAGUGCAAAUGUGAGCUAUAUGAGCCUUUCCAUUGAAAAACCAUGUCAACCAUUUCUUUUCUUUUGGAAGAACUCUCAUUUUCGUCUUAAAACGUUUUCACAUAAUAAACCAAAAUGUGCUUUAUUAAGUGCUUAAGUAUUAAGUAUUUCUUCAUUUAUAAAGGUACAUAAAAUAAAAUGACUUGCAGUAGUAUAGACAAUGGAUGAUUGAUUGAUCUAGAAAGUUAGAAAUGGUUGAUUUAUGGUUAUUUGUUUUAAAAGGGCUCAAUAUUAUAGUGCAAUAUCUCUGAUGCUACAUGUGCAGGAUCAUGGUAUGCUUUAUUUUACUACUGUAAUGGUGGAGGUGAUCUCUAAUAUCGCUACUGAUUGUCUGUGAAUCUAUACUGAUUUCUUUAUUAUUGUUAUUAUUAUUAUUCUUUUUAAUUAGACUGAUACUUAAUAGUGCAUAAUUACUAACGACUGAUUCUGCUUAAAUAACCAGACUGACUGAGAUUGUAUGUGUUUUUUAUGUAAAUGUGUAAUGUGUUGUCUCUCUUGCUGCUGUUUUUAAUCUUAUCUUUUCUCUGCACUCCCUCUCUAAUGCCAUGGGAGCAUUAUUGCUAUUGAAAGCUGUUACACUGGUCAAUAUUAGAUUCAUUUGCUUAUGGAUCAAUAAAAUCUGAUGGUCAGAGUUAA